UUAGUGCACGCCACAACUAAAUCAGAACCAAGAUUUUUAUGCCAGCGUUGCAAGAUGAAUCCCUUGGGCAUACAUAAAUGAAAAGUUGGAUCCAGUAAAGGCAUAGCUGUGGAGAGUCGGCUCAGUUUUCGGAUCAUAUAUAAGAACAGGCUCUCUCGUUCAUGGCUAUCAUAUAUCCGAAGCCCUCACAGGUUCGAUAUCGUAAACAAGAGGAGGCACCUCCGGCCGGUUGCAGGUCGGCAAUGGCGGACGCCCGUAUCCUUAUCGUCGCUCUUGUCGCUCUGUUCGCGUUUGAUCGACGUCUCGUUCAUGCAAACUUCGCCAACGACACUGUACCUUCUUGGGGAGCUCAGAACGUACGGGUCUCCGCCGAUGGCGAAAACCUCACCCUCACCCUCACUAACCAAACAGGUUGUCGGAUCGACACCGUCAAUCGGUUCAUGUUAGGCAGCGUAGAAAUGAACAUUAAGCUGGUCGCAGGGAAUUCUGCCGGUACUGUCACUUCGUAUUACAUGUCCUCGGACGGAUCAGCACACGACGAGAUAGAUUUCGAGUUCCUGGGGAACUCGACCGGACAGCCCUACAUCAUCCACACGAACAUCUAUACACAGGGCAUGGGGAAAAAGGAGCAGCAGUUCUACCCCUGGUUCGACCCUACUUCCAGCUUCCAUAACUACACCAUCCAUUGGAACCCCAGCGAGAUCGUGUGGUUCGUGGACGGGACACCAAUCCGGGUCUUCCGAAACUACGAAAGCCUCGGCAUUCCCUACCCCAGCAAGCAGGCCAUGAAGGCGUACUCGAGCAUAUGGAACGGGGAGGCGUGGGCGACCCGGGGCGGGCGGGUAAAGAUCGACUGGGGCAGCGCGCCAUUCGUGGCCGGCUACGCUCGUCUCGGCCUGCGGGCCUGCGUGUGGGACGACGCGCAGUGCGUUUCCACGUACCCUGCGAGCACUCUCACUCCAGAUCAGAAGACGCAGAUGGCAAACAUCAGGGGCAGCUACAUGAUCUAUGAUUACUGCAAGGAUACCAGCAGAUUCAAUGGAACCAUGCCCCCCGAGUGCUCUCAGCCACAAGAUUAAUGUGCUCUCAGCCACAAGAUUAAUGUGCUCUCAGCCACAUGAUCUAUGUUUUACUGCAUUAUUGCUUUAUUAAAAAUUAUUAUCGGUGGAAUAAAUUUCUAUUAAUA